CCGCCUUUGUUCGUCUCAGGGGGUAGGGUGCAUCGGCUGUAUUAGUGCUUCUGCGUCUGAGAACGAAUAUCGUUGCGAAGAGGAGGGGGAGUUGUAUAAAAAUAGUAUUGAUUAUAUCAAUUCGCUCACGAAAUGCUUCAAUAUACGUUUUUUAUACGGAAAUAUAAUCGUAUGCUCUCUGCUAUCUGUAACUGAGGAGUGGGUGCAAAUCCGGUUCAGAGUUUUCUGACUGCACUCCGAUUGUUGUUCCGUAGUUCUGUCGUUCUGUGUUUUGUGGAUUUGUUUGAAAUGAAAACAAAAAAGGAGCGAAAAACGGUUAGGUCUUGGAAUACCCAAAAAGUUCUACAAAAAAGCAAGGAAAAAUAUUAAUUUCCUUCUAGAUAGUUCGAAAUAUUCCGUUAUUCACGUAAUAUUUAGCAAGUGAUAGAAGCAUGGCGUCUCCUGUAGGAAGAUUAUAUUCAGCAGCAUCUGCAGGAAAUAUGGACAAUGCCAUUCAGAGAAAAGGUAUCAACUCUGGUAUCCUUAGCAGAAAACCUUUACUAGACCGACCAGUCAACAGCAAAAGUCCAUCAGUGACUGGGCCCAUGAACAAACCAGCAUCAAUUGGAAAACAGAACAUCAGUAAGCUUAGUUUUCCAAGUAUGACAAAACAACAUUCGCAAGUACACUUGAAAGAAGAUGAAGAAGAUUUAAAUGCUGAACAGUUCAAUUUUUCUUUUGAAGAGGUUGAAGAUCGCUUAUGGAAUGACGAUUUGGACGACAUGGUGAACGCCUUGGAGUUCCUUAAGCCCCAUAUCUGCGGUUUAGAUACACCACCGCCGUCACCUCCACGCGAUCUGAAAGUGACUUACAUUGAUUUGGAUUUUGAAACAGGUCCAGUACGAGAGUACAUUUGGCAAGGCGAAAUAAGUGAUGCGUGUUUAGAUGUGGACAUUCCUAUGUUCAAUGUAUCUGAUUCUGAUUAUGAAUAGAAUAUUUUCGCUUUACUUUGUAAAUAAAUUUUUUUUAACUUCGCUACUAAUAAAUUGACGUUUUUGUA